AUGGCCGACCAUCCGCCAGCUCUGCUUCCACUCGACAACAGUCCCCCACCGUUUCAGUUGGUCGUCUCCCCGGCGGAUCUUGCUGCCGAUAUCGCCGUCCCCGGAGAUCCUGUGGACGACCCGCCAAGCACCACAAAUACGUCCAACAGCUUGACGUCCACACCUCCCACCGCCCCGUAUGUCCUAGCCUUACAACCAUGGAACUAUCGGACCCGGUACUCUACCCAGGAUGUGCGCAGCGUCUGGGUGAAGCCAGUGACAGGCUACCAGAGCAUCGAGAGACGAUUUGGUCCCAAGGCACGAAAACGGAUAUAUGCACGUUUGCAUGGCCAAAUUGCCGACGACGACGAAGCUACUAAUUUCCAAGACCAAUUGUAUGACAGCGAUGGCGACGGCCAGUACAGCACGGAGCAUAAUGGGAACAACAACAGCAGCGAGAACCCCAACGGGGGAGCCAUUAGCACAGGCUACGAUAGCGACGGUGAAACCCCUGGCCAUCACACCAACGCCAACAGCAACGAAACUCUGGACGCAGAGGACGCAGAGGACACCGAAAGUCUACAUAUACACGACCCCGACACGGAGGACGAUACGCCGUCUGAAGAGGGUCUUCCACCCACCGGCGACGCGGAAGCUUUGGAGAAUGCUUUCACCUCUCUGAAUGGCGGCCCUCUCAAUGCGGCCGGCGAACCAGGACCACCAGUCCCUCCAGUACAACCCAGCAUACCGAGUGCUCAGCCACGCUUCCCACCCGCUCCGAAUGUUUCUCGCGCACGCAUGAAUCUAACGGCCCUAUCGCAGCGGUACAAUCUCUACUUUGCCGUAUACCAGGCCGAGAUCCACAUCUUUCGACCGCAGCCAGCUCCGGAGAUCCUGCAUGGUCCUCUGCUUGUUCUGAAGCCUCCGCCAACGGCAGCGGGUCGCCAACUGGGUGGGCACAUGAGCCACGACUUCCCUCACCAGGCGAACCAAAUCAAGAUUGGCGAUUUCGGUGGUAUGGAGAUUGUCGUGCUUGCGUACGACGAUGGCGAUGUCGUCGCAUACUACACGCAUCACAUUGUGGCCUAUGUCGAAAAUAUCCCAAAACGUCGACACCGGGGUCCGCAGCGUGCCAGGAGGCUACCAAAGCCGUUCUUCCGCGAGACCGUCGGAGCCACCGCCUGGGGCCUGGCCAUUCACUCGCAGUCUCGCCUGAUUGCCGUGAGCUCCAACCUGAGGGAGGUCAAUGUGUUCGCGUUUGCCAUCCAGCCUCCAAGGGCGGACGAUCCUUUGCAGCACAAAACCCAGCCCCUCGUGGUGCCCAGUGAUGACCUCUCGCCAACCACGUACGCGGGGGCCAGCGCACUGGAGCUCGAGUCCAUGCUUCGCCAGCGCGACCGGUAUUGGCGCAUUUUGCUCCCCAUUGGGACAUCGGGCCAUAAUAUUCCAAGUAUUGAUUUCAUCAGCGACCCUGCUGGCAUCGCUGAAAAGGUCGCCGCAGUGGAUAUCCUUGGCAGCAUUUUCAUCAUGGACAUCUGGAAAGUCGGUAGCCGGCCACUCAAGAUUGGCUCGCCCUACAGGUCUGGUUACAACACGCAAUUACUGACAGGCGAUGGCAUCAACAGCAUGAACAUUGGAUGGGGUGUCAUGGUCAUUCCCAUGAACAUGUUUCUUCCCACGAACAGAAUGCCUGCGCCGUCAGACCGACGUGUGCUGAAUCGAUGCCUCUUCCCCAACAUUGACGGCACCUUUUACUUCUCGUACCUGAACGAUCCUGCCCGGAAGAAGCCGAAAUACACGCCGACUGCCAUUGAUACGUCCGAGCUCGAUACGGAAUCCGAUAGCGAUAAAAGCAUGAGAGACGAUGUCGAUGAUACGCAAAUGUACGGGAGCGGCUACGAAACCGAAGAUUCCAGCGACGACGAUGACGAAGAACACGGACGCGACCGUGAGAACCGUGAGCAGGACGGCGACGGUGGCAUGGACUACAGCGAGGAAGACAGAUACAGCGACGAUUCUCAUGUGGAAGACUCAACACCCUACACUCAUGGGCGAACUGAAAGCACCGGUAGCAACCCGUUUGUCUUUGAUCCCGCCACGAUGUCAAGACACUGGGAUGUUUUGUUGAAACGCAACCACUGGCCGGUCGUACCCAAUAUGCUGGAUUUGAAGAAGGACGCCAGAUCGCCUUUCCGUCUCGGCAUGAUUAUAUGCCCGAGCAUUGGCGUGACUUGGAGUAGCAAUAACCUGCAGUCCCUCAUCGGCACACUCAAGAACGCGCGUUGGCGCUUGGCCCACACGCUUGAAGAGAACCUCCAUGAGUUCCAGGUGCCUCAAUCCAAAGAGGUCACGGACAUGGCGCGGCGGUUCUUUCUCAUCCGGACAUACUCACAGACCGUCGAGCUGCUCCGGACCGACCGCACGGAGACGCCCUUUUACAUACAAAAUGUCAUGAAACCGCCAUCACGACUACCAUUUAUCCUGUGGGACAUGGCACACGACUUUUUCCGCUGCAGCCUACUGCACUGCAUCCCCGAGAUCAAUCUGGUACUGGUAGGCAACAUGUUUGGUCGCGUGGUGCUCAUCCGCCCGCUGAAAAACCAGCAGGCAGGUUCGCCAUCGGCCCAUAUCAACGCGCCGGACUACGCCUUCCGAGUCGAAUGGACGCUGCCGCUGGCCCGCGACGAACAACAAAAACUACGUCCGCCGUGCUGUCUGCUCGGCAUGGCUGUAUCUGCUGUCCCUGAGCCUGGCUCUGGUCGAUUCGGCGUCACAAACACGCGCACACCAGACCGGACACAACGGUCAAGGCGCUGGCGGCUCAUCCUGCACUACAUGGACCACUCCAUCUUCCAAUACUACAUUGAGGAGACCAAGCCGGGUGUCAAAAAGCUGAAAGUGCGUCCUUACUAA